GGGUUGAUGCAAACACAACGCUGGACAAAGUGAAAACAUAGCCGGUUCUCAAACAGAAGAAUCGAUCUGAUAUAGGCCAGGAAAACCGCUUAAGAGGCGUCGGAUCACUAUUUACAGAAGACUAAAAAGGUUUUUUAGCCAACACGUAAUUUCUUAGAAAAUUAUUGGUGAUGUAGAGAAUAUAAUGAAUAGUGAAAAGACCUGACAUUAACACCGCGCCAAUGGCAGAAGAAACAAGUUCAAGCAGAAAAAGCCCCAAGAAGAAGUGUCCACACUCGCCACACUCGUUAUGGGUGACCUUCAGUACCAUGUACAUCAACCUGAUAUCAAGGUGUUUUGGUGUGCUUGGAACAGUCAUUUCUCGCCAUCCAUGCUUCACUCUUGCUAUUUGCUGUGCUUUUGUUGGCUUUUGUUCAGUAGGUUUUGCCUGGAUGAAGACAGAAAAUAGAGCUGAAAAGCUGUUCAUCCCUCAAGACAGUCGCGCCAUUAAAGACAUUGACAAAGCCAAGAUAAACUUUCCCAUGGAAAGUAGGAUAGAAACUGUUAUAUUUGAACCCAAAGAAGCUAGUGAAUAUGUGCUGAGCAAAGCUUGUCUCCUUGACGUACUAGCUGUACAUGAUGAAAUCAUUAACACCAAACCUUAUCAAGAACUAUGCCUUUCUCAACCAUCCACCAACAACUCUCCUUCAUUCUGUCUGUUCUUGAAUCCUUUAGACAUACUGCAGUUCAACCAGUCGCUUUUCUCAAAUGCUACACGGAAGUUUGAAGAAGCAUUCAGAAAUAAAGGGUUAAUGAUGCGUAAUGGACGUCCAUUUUGGUACAACAUAAGAAUGAUGUUUGGUGGGCUGGACAUUGAUAGUGUGUCUGGAGAAAUAUCCAAGGUUGAUGCUCUACAAUUGCUGUAUUUUAUGAAAAACAGUGAUAAGGAAGACAAAAAGAUUAUGGAUUGGGAAAAGAAUGUGGUUGAGAAAAUAGAAAAGUUGAAAGAUAGUCUAUCAUGUAUGAAGGUAUACAUCAAUGUGCAAAGAAGCCUAGAUGAUGCCAUACAAGAAAGCACUGGGACAGACAUUGCUUUUAUCUCGGUGACCUAUACUCUGAUGAUCUCGUUCGCUUGUAUCAUGCUGGGAAAGUUCAGAAACCCUUUGACAGGACACUCACUUCUUGCUAACAUCGGGAUCUUUGCGGUUUUUCUCGGGAUUCUCGCGGGAUUCGGGUUUACGAUGUUUGUUCGAACACCUUUUAUUAGUAUAGUUGGAGCUUUACCGUUUUUGAUUGUUGGUAUUGGAAUCGAUGAUAUGUUUAUUAUCAUAGAUGAACUGGAUCGCGUUGGACCACAACUAAGUGUAACUGAUACUGUUAAGGUUGUGAUGRCGAACUCUGGAGCAACCAUCACCAUGACAACUAUGACAGACYUCGUGGCUUUUGCUGUAAGCACGUGGUCUGAACUGCCAGCAAUACAAUAUUUCUGUCUGUACGCUGCCAUGGCGAUAUUCUUUGCAUAUUUAAUGAUAAUUACGUUCUUUGUUGCCAUGAUGACGUUUGACRUUCGUAGAGURAAAGCAGGACGUCGAGACUGCUUCCCAGUCUGUCGUGUUCCUCYUCCAAAAGAAGGUGCGCCAGCAUGGGACGAGCCUCGUACCCAGACCGCUAAUAAGUUAUUGACUGCAUGGGCUAAAAUACUGAUGAGAAGAGAAGUGAAGUGCAUUGUGGUGCUGAUUUCAUUGGGGCUCUUAGGUAGUGGUAUAUAUGGGGCCUUAAACAUCAGUGAAGAUUUUGAUACCAGAUUGUUGGCUAAAGAUGGCUCGCCGUUCAUAUUAUUCACAAACGCUCAGGACCGAUAUUUCCCGCGUAAGAUAGAAGUCAAUAUCAUACUUGAUGAGCAAGUCAACUACACGAGUCCAGAAACACAGAAAGAUAUUCUACACUUGUCAAAGAUAGCUUCACAGAACUCGUUCUAUGAAAACACAACUAUGUCUUGGAUGGAAACACUUGCUGCAUUCUCAAAGAAGAAAGGUUUGAGUCUAGAAGGAAAACACUUUAUGCCAACAUUGAGAACAUUCCUAAACAUCCCAGCAUUUGCUCAUUUCAGGGAAGAUUUACGAUUAUCUGAAGAUAAAGGAAUAGUCAAAGCGUCUCGUAUUCUUUGCUACAUCAAGAAAUCCUUGAAUUCGAUUGGUCAACGAGAUGCCAUGGUAACGCUGCGAGAAGACCUGGACAACAGGUCACCUCUUCCAGCGUAUCCAAUCUCCAAGGCGUUUAUUUACUUUGAACAGUAUGCCAUAACGUCCAAAGCAACAAUACGUAACUUAGUGAUCGCGUCUGUUGCUAUAUUACUGAUUACCAGCCCUUUCCUGGUAGAUUUUAGUGUGACUAUCUUGGUGUUCUUCGGGUUCGUAGCGUUGGUGUUCGAGCUGUUUGGGUUGAUGUACAUCUGGGGCUUAUCACUACAUGGAGUGUCCAUGAUUAAUCUGAUUAUGGCCAUUGGAUUCGCUGUGGACUAUAGUGCGCAUAUUGCGCAUGCGUAUGUGAUGUCAUCCAAGAGUAGCGCCGAGGAGCGAGUGAUAGACGCCUUGAGGACGUUAGGUGCAAGUGUGCUGAUGGGAGGAACAAGCACGUUUCUUGGGAUGAUCAUGUUGGCCUUCGCCUCGUCAGAAAUCUUCAGAAUCUUCUUCAAGAUGUUUUUUGGUAUAGUGUUUCUCGGUCUUCUUCAUGGCCUUUGCUUUCUUCCUGUCUACCUCACUAUAUUCUGCCGUAGUUCUUUCAUAAGGAAGCAAGAGCUCGACCAUAAGAAACUCAACAAUGAACAGGAGAUGCAGCCGAUGAACAAACGACAUCAAGAAGGUAAUGAUGGCGCAGAAGGCAACCGUACAUCGCGCCAGCCCAAAGAACAAGGACUGGUGUUGAAGAAUGAUGUUGCUGAUUUACAGGAAUGUAAUGGAUACGAGGUGGGAACACGAACGCCUUUGAUUGAUUCUCCUAAAGAUCCUGUUCGAGAAACGGAUUUAUAGUCACAAUAAUGUAGACCAUAGGCUUUAAUAAGUUCUAUGGCCAUGAUGCAUUGUGGUCUAGCAUGGGUACAACAGUACCAUAUAAGGCAUGGAGAACAAAAGGUGUUUGUACCCGGGCUAGACCACAAUGCAUUAUGAUCAUUCUCUAAGCCAUCUCAAAAAAGGCGUGGUUCUACUUUCCCUCCAAAACAAGUUGUCAGUUUCCGUGUGGGAAAUUCCCAACUCAACUAACCGUGGAGGAGAGACUUUAAAAAACAUAGGAAAAUGUAAAUAGCAAGACUUAGGAGUGAUAGGUCAAAGUUUUAAAUGUAUCUAUUAAGUUGGGGCCUAUUUUUCCAUUUUAGCUUCUGAAUACACUGAAUCAAAAUAUGGUGAAUAGCUAUUGUUCUGCACUGUUUCCAUGGGAAAACAAGGCUAGUCAGUCACUUGGUGGUGCAGAACAAUAGUUAUUCAAAUUGGUCACCAUAAUUUGAUUCAGUGUAUGCUCUUGAAAAUAAAAUGUGAAAACACUAUUACCAAGGCGAAGCCAUUCAUUCCUUGUACAGAAAUUGGUGCAGUCAUAAAUUAGGUAAUAAACUUGUGACCCUUUAUGCAAGGUAGUUUUAGACAAUCUCUCAAAGUGUUUUAACUAAAUUAUUAACCCAAGUAAAAAGCUCUUUAAAAACUAGGCUAUAAGACAGAUGAGUGAAAUAGAGGAUAUUACAUGGGCGCUUGGAGAUACGAAAUUUAUCUUUGAGUGUUGAAAAGA